CAAGAUAAGCCAGAGAACCAAAGAUGAGAUUCAUGCGGCUCCUCCGUUUACUUCCCAACCAUCAGUUCCACUGUUACGUGCCUCAGGCGAAUUUCACCAUCUCCGCCGGCACUAACACCCAUCUCCACCGUACUAUGGAAACAGCCACCACCGAGGCCAUUAACCCUUCCAAUACUCGUCUGGGAUGGAUCGGUACCGGUGUAAUGGGCCGCUCUAUGUGCGCCCAUCUGAUUAAUGCCGGUUACACCUUCACGGUUUUCACCCGUACACCAUCCAAGGCCCAGGAACUGAUCUCCAUGGGAGCUCACUGGGUUGACUCUCCAAAGGCCGUCGCUUCCCAAUCCGAUGUCGUUUUCUCUAUCGUUGGCUACCCUUCCGACGUUCGCCACGUCAUCCUCGACUCAAACACCGGUGCUCUUUCCGGUCUGCGUCCCGGUGGUGUCAUCAUCGACAUGACUACUUCGGAGCCUUCCCUGGCUGUUGAAAUUUACUCCGCCGCCUCUGCCGCUGGCUGCUCCGCCGUCGACGCCCCCGUCUCCGGAGGAGAUCGUGGAGCUCGGAAUGCUGCUUUAUCCAUCUUCGCUGGUGGAGAAGAAUCCGCAAUCUUAAGGCUUAACCCGUUGUUUCAGCUUCUGGGCAGAGUUUAUUACAUGGGUGCCCCUGGAAAAGGGCAGUUCACAAAACUGGGAAACCAAGUAGUUAUUGCUUCGACUAUGGUGGGACUAUGCGAGGGUUUAAUUUACGCCCAUAAGGCUGGUUUGGAUUUGAAUAUAUAUCUGAAUGCGAUUUCAACAGGGGCUGCUGGCUCAAAAUCUUUAGACUUGUAUGGGAGCAGGAUACUUAGUAGGGAUUUUGAACCUGGAUUUUAUGUGAAUCAUUUUGUAAAGGAUUUGGGGAUAUGUUUGAGGGAAUGCCAGAACAUGGGCCUUGCUUUGCCUGGGCUGGCGUUGGCUCAACAGCUCUAUCUCUCCCUUAAAGCUCAUGGUGAAGGCAAUUUCGGUACCCAAGCUCUCAUUCUUGCGCUUGAGAGGAUUAACAAUUUGUCGCUGGCUUCUUCUUCCUCUGUUGGGAAACCUUAGACCAGUACUAAUAACUUUGAUCCUUGACUGGGACCAGUAUCUAUUAUGUAUCUGUUUAUGAUUGUUAAUGUUGUUACACAUAGCAGACGGUAAGAGUUUCGAUAAUUUCUAGUGUUUUUAUAAAAGAGAGCACUAUUUUGAAACUUCAA